GCGGGAUCGCAGGCGGGCAAAUGGCGACGGUUAGCGAGCUAAAGGCCGGUAGGUGUCAGCAACUGGUGUUGGAUUGAAAUCAUGUGCGGGAAGAUGGUUGCUGUGAAAGAUCACGCAGUGCUGGCAAAGUCAAUAGGUUGUGAAGGACGGCUAUCCGGAGGCGGGAUUGUGAACCGGCUUCAUUCUGUUCAGAAGCCCGGCCUGGACCCUUGAGAACGGUGGACCAAGUGUUGGCAGUGUACCAACAAAGUGAUGAACAACCCGCCAACGCAGAAGCAUGACCACAGUACCCACAAAACUGAGAUCGUCUACGGCUCACCAAGCCAGGGAGGUGGCGACGGACAGAGUUGUAUAGGGUCCAAACAACUGAAGACAACAGGCCACACACAAUAGGAUGUAUAAAUGUACGCAAAGUUCUGAAAGAGACCUUGGAGAAAAGAGGUGUAAUGGGCCAACUAAAAGCCCAAAUUCGAGCUGAGGUUUUUAGUGCUCUGGAUGAUCAGAGUGAGCCAAGGCCCCCACUGUCACAUGAAAAUCUUCUUAUUAAUGAACUCAUCCGUGAAUAUCUUGAAUUUAAUAAAUACAAGUACACAGCAUCAGUGCUGACUGCAGAGGCUGACCAACCUGAGAUACCCUUAGAGAGACAAUUUCUAGUGAAUGAACUGAAAAUUGUUGAAGAUUCAAGCAUUAAAACUGUCCCUCUACUAUAUGGAAUUCUAGCUCAUUUUAUAAAUGGCAAAAAGGAGGAUGGAGUAAAAAUUCUUGGUAAAACUACAUCUGUGCCAAAUGUAAAGAAGGUGACUUUAAGGGAGCCAAAUGAAAAAUGUAGUUCAGAUGACUUGCCUGAAUCUAGCAGAUUUGCAGGAAGAAGCUUUGAAGAACCUUUUGUUCUCAAAGGCGGACAUUGAUUAUUGUUGACUAUCCUUUGCCUAUACGUAAUCUAAAACCUUGAUUAUUUUUCUUGAAUAAACCGAGUCCCUCAAAAUAAAUAUGCAGUUUAGUGCUUGUCUCUUCUUGAUAAGGUCUUGUAUGAUACCAGUUUAAAAUUCUAAACUUAAUAUGACCAGCCUUCAAUUGCAUGAUCAUUUAUACCAUGCAACUCGUUCUUGUACUUCAAGUACAUACAUGAUCAUUUGACUAAAUAUUUUGAUGUUGUGACGUGAUUAUUAUUCUUUUUGACACCGCUUUUUUUCAAACUUAGUCCUUUGUUUUGCCUGUAAUAAACCCUAUCAAAAUAAUUUGACAGGCUAUAAUUAAUGUCACUACGCAAGUUAUAUCGUAAAAUGUUAUACAACUUUUUAACAUUCAUUUUAAGGUUCAGCAAUUACGAUCACAAUGUAGUUUGGUUCCCCAUUAACCUGUUUAACUUACUAAUGUAAACAAGCCUUUUUCAAGUUGGUAAAACUUAAAGGUUUUUAGCAAAGAGACCAUAAACACAAUUGAAUUGUUUAACAUGACAGACUUGAAUGUGUUAUGGGUAUUAUCAAUGCCAUAACUGUACAUUGAAGCCAUUAUGUGGAAAUAUUUGUACCUUCCUCUUGUUAAAUAUAUUGUAAAAUGUUUUUUACUUAAUAAAUUUUACUUUGUCA